AGCCGGGCAGCCUCUAACACUACCUCGGAGGGCGGCGCUGCGCAGCCCAUUCGCCUCCUCUCUGCCGUCCGCGGCGAGGGGCGCGCGUAAAGUUGGAGCGCGGAGGGAAGGGGAGGCGGUCUUCCGGGCCGAGCCGGGUGCGUGUGCCCGGCUGGCUCGUCUGGGGGGCGGGCGCUUGGCUGGCUGGCUGGCGUGCCGCCCCCCUCCCCUCCCCGCCCUCUUUGGCUGCGCCGCGCGGGCUCUAUGACCCCGAGGUUCCGAGCGCCGAUGACACGGAUUCCGAGGCUCAGUUACGGAAGCAGCAGCAAGAGGAGGCGGAGAAGCAGGCGCUCCCGCGGCCGUCGCCGCCGCCGCCACCGGGCAAAAGGAGAGCGCUGCGCGCGCAGCAGCCCCAACUCUGCCUCCCAGCUCUGGCCGACGGAGUUCAGCGGCGCAGGAGGAGCAGGAGCAGCAGGCGCGGAGCGUCGCCGCCGCUGAACAGGAGCCUCGACGGGCGGCCGCUGAGCGGGUCUCUCCGGCGCCCCUCGCCUGCCCAGCCUCCGGCCGGCCGGCCUCCUCCCCCGGCCAAGGAGCCGCCGAACGAGCCGGCCAGGCAGCCGGACAGCAGGCCUCGCUUGCUCCGGAGCAACUCUCUUCUUGGGCUCCGUCGGAGGGGCGCCGCCGCCCAGCCCCGCGCAUGGAGAAGCGGGGGAAGCGGGUGGACUGCCCGGCGCUGCCUCCCGGGUGGAAGAAGGAGGAGGUCAUCCGGAAAUCGGGGCUCAGCGCCGGCAAGAGCGAUGUCUACUAUUUCAGUCCGAGUGGGAAGAAAUUCCGAAGCAAGCCCCAGUUGUCGAGAUACUUGGGGAACACUGUUGACCUCAGCAGUUUUGACUUCAGGACAGGGAAGAUGAUGCCUAGUAAAUUACAGAAGAACAAGCAGAGGUUAAGGAACGAUUCGCUCAGUCAAAACAAGGGCAAACCAGAUUUAAACACAACACUGCCAAUCAGACAAACGGCGUCUAUUUUUAAACAGCCGGUCACCAAAGUUACCAACCAUCCUAGCAACAAAGUGAAGUCCGAUCCACAGAGAGUGAUUGAACAGCCCAGACAGCUUUUCUGGGAGAAGAGGCUGCAAGGCUUGAGCGCGUCAGAUGUGAGCGAGCAGAUCAUAAAAUCCAUGGAGCUGCCAAAAGGCCUUCAAGGGGUUGGCCCGGGGAACAACGACGACACCCUCCUGUCUGCCGUCGCCAGCGCACUGCACACGAGUUCUGCCCCCAUCACAGGGCAGCUCUCUGCCGCCGUUGAGAAGAACCCAGCUGUGUGGCUGAACACCUCCCAACCUCUCUGCAAAGCCUUCAUCGUCACGGACGAGGACAUUAGGAAACAAGAAGAGCGAGUACAGCAGGUACGGAAAAAGCUGGAGGAGGCGCUAAUGGCAGACAUCUUGUCGCGAGCUGCAGAUACAGCUGACUUGGACGAGGUUGAGAUGGACGAUGGCGAAGAAGCAUAAGAGGCAAAAGCAUCAGGUACUUAAAACAGAAUUAUCCCCAGAAGAAAUUCCUGGAAGCUGAAGGCGCUUUUUUUGUGUUUUGUUUUCCAUUGGUCUUUUAUGAAAAGAAGAAAAGGACCUGUGCACAUUUAUAUAGCUUUCUAAUAGCAUUAAAAACCAAUGCCUUUUUUGGGCUCUUUUUUAUGUAUAUAUCUUGGGGGGGGGGGCAGGAGGAAACAGAGAGACCAAGAAAGAAAAAGGAAAACCCACUUUUAAAAAGUUUGUGUCUUAACGACUUCAAAAGUCUUGUUUUUUAUUUUUAUUUUUUUGUUACGUCAGACAAUUCCCUAAACCCAAAGCUGAGCUUUCAACGCUAGGCUGCAAUCUGGAACUGUAUGACUAGCACUAAAUAUUUAGGGUCCCCCCCCCUUCUUCUCUCUCUCUCUCUCCUCCUUUUGUGUGGAUGUAUGUGUGGUGGUAAGAAUGGAUCAGGCAAACGGAAUGUUCGCUCCCGAUUUAAAAAGAAAGAAAGAAGUCUAUUGUGACAUCUGUUGUACAUAUAUUGUAUAAAAGAUUUUUUUUAUAUACCGGAGUUGAGUGGAAACAUCUGUAAAUUGACCCAUCGCCACCCCUUCUCUAAAAGAGAAAUAAAUAAUUAUAUUCGGAGCAACUAAAUUUGUAGACUGUGAUGCACUAUAAUUAAGUGGAAAUUAUAGGCACCCGUGCCCAGAUCGCCAGAUGGAUCGGUGGGCAGAGGAAUAAGGGCGUUAAGUGAGUGGACUGUAUCCAAGACACCCGGGUUCAAGUCAGUGACUUUGAUUUGCACUUCUUAAGGGCCCAAAUGGGGAUUUGGCAUCCCCAGCCGAGGCAACUAUCCUAAAUUCAGCGGGAACUGGAUGAGCACUGUGAUGCGAGUAUGAAUGCACACACCUGCCGAGUGUGUGCGGAUCAGCCUCAGUUCUCCAUUUGUGAAAUGGGAAUGACUGACCUACCUCACAGGGUUGUUGUGAGGAUGAACCUAAUAAAGAUUGUAAAGCACUUUUCAAAUGAAA